AUGAUAGGUGUAUUUCUCAUAUCCCUGGUUUUGUUUCUUCUGGGUGCGGAGUUCCUGAAAUUGCAAUGGAAAAGUCGUGGACUUCCUCCUGGACCAGUCCCAUUCCCCAUCAUUGGAAGCAUCUGGUGGAUGAAUUUUAGAGCUGAUUAUGAGAGCCUGAAAAAGCUGGCUAAAAGCUAUGGCAACGUCUGUACCCUGUGGCUGGGUCACAAACCUGUGGUGAUUCUGUGUGGAUUCCGAGCCGUGAAGGACGGUUUCACCACCAACGCAGACGAUACUUGUGGGCGACUACAGACCUAUGUCUUCGAUAAAAUGUCGAAUGGAAAGGGUAUCCUGGUCUCAAGUGGCCUCAUCUGGAAACGUCAGAGACAUUUUGGAGUUGUAACUCUCCGAAAACUGGGAAUGGGGAAUAAAGGAAUGGAGCGUGGGAUACAAGCUGAGGCUCGUUACCUGAUUGAGUUCUUCAGGGACAAAGAGGGAAGAGCUGUCGACCCUUCUUUCCCCAUCGUUCACACUAUCUCUAACGUGAUCUGUGCUGUGGUAUUUGGACAUCGUUUCUCCCGAGAGGAUGAAACCUUCCACCAGCUGAUUGAAGCAUAUGACUCUAUGGUGGCUUUUGGGAACAGCCGCCUUUACUAUCUAUGUGAAAUUUUCCCAUGGCUUGUAGCUCAUGUCCCAGGACCUGCACGGAAAGCAUUACUUUCCUGUGAUGUUGUUCGUUCUUUCAUAAGGCAGGAAGUCAAAAGCCACAGGGAAAGGGGCACAAUAAACGAACCAGAAGAUUUCAUUGACUUUUACCUCGAUCAGAUAGAGAGA